GUAGCGUUGGCUGCGGGGCUUGCCGCCUUCUCCUCGUCUUCUUCUUCUCGGCAGCCGCUCUGACAGCCAUUUCGCGAGGACAAUAGUGAAAAGCGGGACCGGGGAAGAGGGCACGUGCGCACGCGUGGCCAGGGGACACUAUGAACGAAGAGCAGUUUGUUAACAUUGACUUGAAUGAUGAUAACGUUUGCAGCGUGUGCAAAUUAGGAACAGAAAGAGAGACACUUUCAUUCUGCCACAUUUGUUUUGAACUAAACAUUGAAGGAAUACCAAAAUCCGAUCUUCUGCAUACAAGAUCAUUGAGAGGGCACAGAGACUGCUUUGAAAAAUUCCACUUAAUAGCAAAUCAGAGUUGUCCACGGUCAAAACUCUCCAAGAGUACAUAUGCAGAAGUGAAAAACAUUUUGAGCAAAAAAAUUAACUGGAUUAUACAGUAUGCACAAAACAAAGAUUUGGAUUUGGAUUCUGAAGGUUCAAAACAAACACAGCACCGACUUUUUAGCUUUAGACAUCAGAGAGACAGAAAGCUACUUCCACAAUUUGAUUCCCAGGUCCCUAAAUACUCUGCAAAAUGGAUAGAUGGAAGCUCUGGGAGUAUUUCAAACUGUUCACAAAGUAUUCUAGAACCAAGAGAAUCAAGUGAUUUUAGACUUGAUAUGUUGCAACAAACAGGUGCUACAUUUUGUUGUAGCAGUUCAUUGUGGUCUAGUCAUAACCAAUCAUCAGAGAUGGGAAAAACUAAAAAAGAUCCAGAUAUCUGUGUUCGAAGGAGACGUCCCCAGUACAGCAGGGAGCAAUUGAGUAUGAUGACUCUUGAGGAGGUGGAGCAGCUAAAUGGGAAACUACUCAAGCAGGUCCAAGAUGUAUUUGAAGAGCUGACUAAGCAAGUACAAGAAAAAGACUCGUUGGCUUCACAGCUUAAUGUCCGUCACAUUGCUAUUGAGCAGUUGCUAAAGAACUGUUCAAAAUUGCCAUGUCUCCAGAUGGGAAGGGCAGCAAUGAAAUCCAAUAUAUCCAUAUAGCUGCAGCAAAGCUUGCAACUGCGUUUCCUAACUUCAUUAAUCUAUGUCAUACAGCCACAUACUCCAGCAGUAUUUUGGAAAAUUCUAAACUUGUAUGUAUUACAAGAUGUUACAUACAGUGUUCUUUUUUUCAAAAAGUUUGAAUAAAGUCCUCUCAGAACCUGUUUUGGCACUGGAAGUCACCUAAACUUUUCUAGAAACUAGCAGUUUUCCUUCCAGUCACUGAUAAAUAUUUCAGUGUGACUUAACAAAGAGACUUCUGAUUGCCUGUAAAUAACCUAAGAGAUUAACAAGUGAAAUACAGUUUUUAGACAUCAAGAAAUGGUGGAGAAGCACGUAUUCAUGAAAACUACAUUUCUUAUUUAUUGCAAGCAAUAUUUUAUUACUGAAAUUUUAUAAAAGAAGAAACUAUUUUAGGUACUUUUCCACAUCUCUUUAUAAAGAUUUUGAAUGAAUAUAAUUAACAUUUUGUGUAAUGAUUGUUUACCCUUUUUUCAGAUUUAUGUACUUAUCUUUCAUGAUGCAAAUUGUUGUUUUUUUAAAAAAAAAUUGUUUCCCAAAGACACAAUCUCAGUGGCUGUUACGUAUUACUUUUAGUUUUCAGCAAUGUAGAAUUUCUUGGGCAUGGAUUGUAUCUUACUAGAAGAAAUUUAAGCACAGUGUCUCUUUUUGGAAUGACAGUUCAUGUUUUGUUAAUAUAUACAGAGCUGGAGUUCAGUUUUGUAUGUGAAUUCCUAAUGCUUAAUAAAAGUAUAUGGCUUCAAAGAAAUAAACCUGUAAUACCUCAUGAAAAUAA